AUGUCCUCACUCCGCAAUGCCGUCAAGCGGAUUGCCCACAAGGAGCGAUCCCAGCCCCAGAAACGACAACACUUGGGAAUUCUGCAAAAGAAGAAGGACUACAAAAAACGAGCCGAUGAUUACCACCGCAAGCAAGAUCGAAUCAAGACCAUGCGCACAAAGGCUGCCAUGAGAAAUCCGGAUGAAUUUUACUUUGGCAUGCAAAAUUCGCAAGUGAAGGAUGGCCAUCACAAAUCCACCACGGAUUAUCGAGAUGUGCCACCGGAAAUGGUCAAAUUGAUGAAGGAUCAAGAUUUGAGCUAUUUUCGUAUGCAAAAGCAAAAGGAUGCGAAAAAGGCGGAACGAUUACAAGCUUCUUUGCACUUAUUGAGUAAUGACGUGGACGAUGAAGAUUUGGAGGGGAUUAGUAGAGCAAGUCAAAAACAUACUGUCUUUGUGGAGGAUCAAAAAGAAGCCGAUCAUUUUGAUGUGGCCAAGCACUUUGAUACGAUUCCCGAAUUGGCAGGUCGUAAAUUUAAUCGAUUGCGCAAAGAGGAUAUCAAGAAGGCAGCCAAGGAAAGUACCACAGGACACGACGAGAAGGGCCGAGAAACGAAACUAACUCGCAAACAGAUUGAAAAACAAGAAAAAGCGGCUCGCAAGAUUGCCAAGAAACUCGCCAAAGCCAGAGCCGCAGCCUAUGGAGAAAUGGAAGCAAGAACAAAGCGUGCGGAAGCCUUGCAGAAUGCGGAAGACCGUAUCACAUUGGAAAAAAAUCUACAGGGCAAGGGACGGAAACGAAAAGUGCGGGAGGCAGAAGAUGGAAAACCAGCACAAUACAAGUGGAGAAGAAGGCGCUUGGGAUGA